AUGCCCAGGCUCAUGAGUUCCGACAGACUGGCCAUGGAAAUGCAGAAGCAGUUCAAACAGCUGGAGACAAAGAAAACUAAAAGCUCCGGCCAACGGAACAAAGGCGGAUCGCAUCGCAAGAGCAAAAUGGCUGCUGCCGAUCUGGGUGAUGAGGAUGCUGACCUGUCACCAGCUGUACAAGUCAGUACGGUCUUGGAUCUACCCGAGGGCGUCACUCUGCAUGAGCUGGAUUCACCGGACGAACUUGACCAGAAUGAUCCCCACCGGCUGCUGGAUAUUAAGUUGGAUAUUCCACCGGAGCCUGAAAUGGUGCCGUCCUCUGUGAAGAAAUCGCCGGCGAAAAAGCGUGUCCCACGAAAAGCCAAGGAAACCUUAUCCGCUGCAGCUGCCUCCGACGCCGGCGCCUCUUCCAAAAAACAG